ACCAAAACAAACAUUAGUACAGAGUUUAGAUCUGAUUUUGAAGCAGAGGAAGUGUUAGCAAAAAGAAACAAAGUGUGUUUGAAGUGAAAGUGAUCAAGUAAGUGAAAGCAAUGGGAAUUCCAUCAGAACUAAGAGACAUGUGGGUGGCCAACAAAAAUACAAGUUUGUUCAUUGCUUCUCCUGCUGAAGAGCAAAAAAUUUUGAGGUCUAACCAAUGUACAGCUGAAGGUGUGCGUGCUGGAUUCAAGGGAGCUGGAAUUGGAUGUGUGGCCAGUACAGUACCUACAUUGGUUGCAGUUCGGAUGAUUCCGUGGGCAAAGGCAAACCUCAAUUAUACGGCUCAGGCACUUAUCAUAUCUUCUGUAUCCGUUGCAUCAUUCUUUAUCGUUGCUGAAAAGACUAUCAUGGCGUGUGCAAGAAAACAUUCCCUGCUGCUCGAAGAGUCUUUGAAGCAUGAAAAAUGAUGCAUGCAGUUGGUUUUUUAUUUCACGCCCCAUUCCUACCUUGAAUCUUAAGGAUCAAUCUCUAGUGAUUGGUUUCUCAACAUAAUUAAGUGCAAUUAGUAGUAGUUCCAAGAGAAAACUCAAUUGAGGGAAGAGAACCAAUAUUUCUUGCAAGCUGUGAAUCCUUCGCACGUAUAACAUGGUUAUAAGAAAAAGUUGUAGUAUGGAGCUAUUGUAAACUUUUUAGUUUCUAAUUGCUGUUUGAAUUUGAUGUUAAA